AUGGCAGGAAUUGCCAAAGUUUGGACCAAUCAGAAGGUUCAAUUUCAUUGCAAUUUGCAAUUGCCUCCGCCCAAAGUUUGUUUUGGUUUCACUGACUUGUUGCAACUUGCAAUGCAACUUAAAGCUUUUUUGUUUCUGCCGUUAUUGAACAAUGUGAAUUAUAAGUAUGUGCCACUUAUUCUUGAUCAUGAUAUCAAUAAUAGUGAUGGAAUUGAUGAACUAGUGGAUCAUGACAUGUUUCAAUAUUUGGAACCACCAACUUAUUACUAUGCUCGUGCUAUGAAUAUAGAUGAUGGUGAGGAACGAGCAUAUUGUUUCAUAUGUUGUCUUGAAAUUCAGAAUGAAGAUAUAUUAAUAGUGACACUUCCAUAUGAAGAUGCGUUUCAUGUAGAUUGCGUCAAGGAUCAGCUGAGAAGGAGGAAUGCUGUAGUUUUGCUCGCACACGAAGAAAUAGUAGAAGAAGAAGAGGAGGAGGAAGAAGAAGACGAGUUCGAGGAUGAAGAAAUUGUAGAAGAAAAAGAAGAAGAGGAGAAAUUCGAGGUUGAAAUAAGUACUUAUAAUGCUCUUAAAUUGGAUAUAGAAAAAGAAGCAUGUGUCAUUUGUUUACUUGAUUAUAAAGAAGAAGAUAUCAUUGGCACACUUAAAUGUGGCCAUGAAUUUCAUGCAGGCUGCGUCAAGAAGUGGCUGUUGCAGAAGAAUGCAUGUCCGUUUUGUAGGGCUUCAGUUUAA